GGAGUCACUGGUGGAUGAUUUUAGUUAUCAAACCGCUAAGACUUAUGAGAAAAGAGGAUUAAUCAUAAAGGGUGUAAGGUUGGAUCUGAAAGAGGUGGGGAGAGAGUUUGACCCCACAGUUUCUCAGUCAACCCUAUGACCUCAGAGGGGUGUGGCAUCCAGGCAUCAUCUUUCUUUCAUUCACUCUCCUAACCCCACACUCAUGCUUAAAAGAGACUCAGAGACAGGCACUGGCUUCCAGUCGUGGUUGGGUGAGUCAUUCAUCCAGGGUAGAAGUGAGAUCUCUCGUCAGUAAAAAAGAGAUUGAACUGAGGAAGCAAGUUCAACUUUUGAGAAAGAGGAGGCUGAAGAAAACAAGACAGAUAUGCCAAAGAACGUGGUGCUGGACGGGCCAGCCCCUUGGGGAUUUCGGCUUUCAGGAGGCAAAGAUUUUAACCAGCCGCUGACCAUAACUCGGGUGACACCAGGCAGUAAGGCAUCUCGGGUCAACCUGUGUCCAGGAGACAUCAUCCUGUCCAUCCAGGGAGCACCCACUGAGAGUAUGACUCACGCUGAGGCUCAGAACAAGAUCAAAGCCUCCAACAAUCAGCUUUUCCUCAAGAUCGAGAGGCCAGAAACUAAAUUGUGGUCACCUCUGGUUAUAGAAGAAGGGAAAGUGAACCCAUUCAAAAUCAAUUUGGAGUCAAAGAAGCAAGAGUGUAAACCUAUUGGCACAGGUCAUAACAGAAGAGCACAGCCUUUUGUGGCUUCCGCCAGUCUGGAUGACAAAACGCAGGUGGUGAGCUCCACCUACAACACUCCCAUAGGACUCUACUCUCAAGAUAACAUCCAGGACGCCCUGAAAGGACAGAUCCGGGGACUGGUGCAUGAAAAGCCUGAGGGCCCUAAAUCCCUGAAGUCUAUUGAAGACUCUCAUGUGUUCCGUAUGCUCCAGGAGAACCAAGAGCAGCCACAUGAACCACGUCAGUCUGGAUCUUUCAAGGCCCUGCAAGACUAUGUGGAGAGUGAUGGCACAAGGCCCAUGGUGACUAGAAGUGUAAAAGCCCCAGUCACAAAAACCCAAGCCACCACAUCCUCACUGCAGAAGCUGCCUCUCUGUGAUAAAUGUGGCACUGGCAUUGUUGGACCGGUGGUGAAAGCUCGGGACAAGUACUGUCAUCCAGCCUGUUUCGUGUGCUCAGACUGUGGCUUGAACUUGAAGCAGAAGGGCUACUUUUUCGUGGAGCGACAGAUGUACUGUGAAGCCCAUGCUCGAAUGCGAAUGACCCCACCUAAGGGAUAUGAUCUAGUAACGGUAUAUCCUACUGCUUAGAGGGAUGGACAGUCAAAAUUAGACAACUUGUAUUGUUUGCGUUUAUUGCUUCUUGAUAUUCCAUUAUUAAUUUCUUCAUUUUAGUUUAUAAAGGGAAAUACAAGGCCAAUUUAAAGUGUACACCUGGUAUUAACACAUUUUUAGUGAUCGAAUCAUUACUACAUUACUGUUUACACCUGUUUUUUAGCAUGCAUUAGGCAUUGCUUCACUAUGGUUCAGGAUGGAAUGAUUUAAAUGCAAUGUGGUCACGUGUUUCUGACUACCCCUGUAUGGUUC